UAAACAUGUGUAUUAGUCUCCUCAAACAACAUAUAUAAAUCAGCAGUCUAUAUAAUAAAUCACAAAGAUUUUGUCUAGUUCACUUUAACUUUUUUGACUCAUAUGGCUCAAUCAUCCGUACAUGUUUCAUAUGCUGCGCCAACAGUACCAAUGGCUAUCAUCAUGACGGUUUUGUGUUUGUUUCUAGCCAAUAAUGUUUCCCAUGCCCGGAAGCAGGCCACCUACUAUGUCGGCGGCCAGUAUGGUUGGGACGCGAUUAUUCCAAUGGACACUUGGGCACGAGGCAAAAUCUUCUACGCUGGUGAUAUUCUCGAAUUCAAAUACGAUUAUCAGUCUAGCAAUGUGAUGGUGGUAAAUCGUACCGGCUAUGAAACGUGUAUAGCAAACGAGAAUGCGAAAGAGUACACAUCAGGCGAUGAUAGGAUCCAACUUCCAUAUGGUCUUAGCUAUUACAUCGGGACAUAUGAUGCUGCUGAUUGCUCAGCCGGUUUAAAGAUGGCCAUAAGAGCAAUAAGUUAGUAAUUAAUUAGUUGAAAGUGGAAUUAUCAUUGCAUGGGUUUUUUUUUGUAAGACUUUAUUCACUCAAAAUCUCAUAUUAAUAGAAACAUUAUCUGAUAACUUUAUCAUGUUUUAUGUC